AUGCAAGGGCACAAGGGGAAUUCGCUUGAGACUAUGUCUUCUGUUCAAACAAAAACAGUGGAAGAUAUACCUUACGAAGCGCACUUCAGCACCGCGGGCAGCGACCGGAUGCCUUGCAUUAUCGAGCAGAGCACAGGCGGAUCCGCAUCUGCUGCGCACUCGGGCAGCUUCGACGAUAUGUACGAAAUCGAACCCAAGUACUGGGACGAUCUUCCCUACAUCUACCUGAGUCACCGGGCGAUCGUGGAGUUCCGCAAACGCGAAAAGGCCAUUGCCGAAGAGGCCGAACAAGAGAAGGAGAAACAAACCAGGGCAAAUCGCAAAAGACUGCGGCUACCGCACAAGUUACGCAGUCUGAAGGACUUUGCCAGGGAUGGUGGACCGGAUUUAUCUGGGAUUGGGAGUUUCGAUUGGUCUGAGUCGGCGCAAGCCUGCAAUUCGACCUCACUCUACGACGGCAACUGCCGCAACUUCCUCAAGCUCCACGGCAUCGCAGCGCGAUCGCACACUCACCACCGGCCGCGCAACGACUCUUCCUUGCAGGCACGACUCCGGGAGACUCGCCCAUCUGUCCAGCGACUGGACCGCACCGACCAAAAGGUCUGGCUCAAAGCCUGCCGCAAUUUCGGAAAGCGCCGUGCCAAGCUCAACGAUGCGCUCGACAUACUGCUGGGCGAGGCCUCCGAGACGGUCCUCACCUACGAGAGCGAGCCGAUCACCGGCCUAGACCCGCUGGUGGAAGGGAUGUUCCUGGCGCAGCCGAGCUACUUCGACUGCGGCGACUUCUACGCGCUCGACGCGGGCGGCCGGGUCGCCAACGACCUGAAGGAGUACAUCCUGCCUGCGACGGACGCGUACGGCGUGGUGCCAAACUUCUUCGUGCAGCUGCAGCUCGACGACAAUGCCGAUGAGCCCGCGGCGGAGCUGCGGGCGAUGCACUAUGGGGCCCUGGGGGCGCGCGCGGUGCAGAAGCUGCGCUUCCAUGCGCGCGCGGAUGAGGCGUGGAUGGACGAGAACGCGUACUCCAUCGUCGUCGUCGUGUUCGAAGGGUCGGUGACGAUCUAUGGGGUUUAUAUGAUGAGGUCCGAGGAUGAAUCCAGAGAGGCGGAUUAUCAGCUGACGGACCUCUAUUAUAGCCGUUUUGAUCGCGGAGUGGGUCAUUUUCGGAAGGCUGUGGCGGCGGUGCGGAACGCUAGGGACGUUGCGAAAGAGUGGAGAGAGUAUUUCAUGGAGAUGGCCACGCGGGCGCUGGAGGGCGAUUCUCACGACCUGUCGCAGGGAAGUCCGAUGUCAGUGGAUGAGACGCCGAACGACAAUCAUAGCGAGGGCCCUGGUGGGAUGGCUCGUAUACCCUCUCUGAGUGACGACCAGAGCUCAGCCAGUAGUGACGGUGCCUCCUCUGGCCUCAAAAGGCGCAGAAGUGACUACAAGCUGCAGUAUCCAAGCCUGGGCGAAGAGCUCCCACGUGUCAAGCGCCCUAGAUCUGUGAGCAGUGGCAGUGAUAGUCCGCGGUUUAGUUAG